GUUUGUGUGAUGGCAAUGGACGCCGCGGAGCCUGUUGUCCUUGACUGCAAAGGAGACCAAAGGUGCAACGCCAGGGCAGACGCCGACUAUCCCCUGCGAGUUCUCUACUGCGGAGUCUGCUCGUUGCCAACAGAGUAUUGUGAAUACAUGCCUGAUGUGGCAAAAUGCAGACAGUGGCUAGAGAAGAAUUUUCCCAAUGAGUUUGCAAAGCUUACUGUAGAAAACUGUCCUAAACAAGAAUCUGGAAUUGGAGAAGGCCAGGGAACAACAGGGGAAGAGGAAGAGAAGAAAAAGCAAAAGAGAGGUGGAAGAGGCCAGAUAAAACAGAAAAAGAAGACUGUUCCUCAAAAAGUUACGAUAGCGAAAAUUCCUCGGGCGAAAAAGAAAUAUGUCACGAGAGUGUGUGGUCUUGCGACUUUCGAAAUAGACCUUAAGGAAGCACAAAGGUUCUUUGCUCAGAAGUUUUCCUGCGGUGCCUCAGUAACGGGGGAGGAUGAAAUCAUCAUUCAGGGUGACUUUACAGAUGACAUCAUUGACGUCAUCCAGGAGAAGUGGACGGAGGUGGAUGACGAUAGCAUUGAAGAUCUAGGAGAGGUCAAGAAGUGAUUUUUUAAAAAAUCUGCCUUUUAAUAACCACCGAGUUCUAGUCAACGUAGCCAAAGCAAGGCUUCUAAGUGUGUUCACCCGACAGCAAAAACCGUUCCAGGGGUCCUUACUGUUGGCAAUGUCACUGUUCUGUAUCGGCUGCUUAUUUUCUGUUUGUGAUUUUUGCCAAAGUUUAAACCUGGGGAAGUGGGUCUAUCAUGCUUAACGCAUGACAUAGAAACUUAAAUAAAGAAGUUACUGUUCCUCACCA